AUGGUGUAUGGAAAGUCUUGUCACUUACCAGUGGAAACAAAGCAUAAAGCAUAUUGGGCCUUAAAAUUUUUUAACUUUGAUGAAGCUGCAUCUAGAGAGCAAAGGAGGCUGCAGCUAUUGGAGUUGGAAGAGAUGAGAUUAAUUGCAUAUGAAUCUUCAAAGCUGUACAAAGAGAUGGUUAAAAAGUAUCAAGAUAAAAAGCUGGUCAAGAAGGAUUUUCAGCCAGGUCAACAAGUGCUGCUUUUCAAUUCAAGGCUUAAAUUGUUUCCUGGGAAGCUCAAAUCUAAAUGGUCCAGACCAUUUACCAUCAAGAGAGUCCGACCAUACGGAGCAGUGGAGCUUUAUGACCCUCAAGCUAAAGAUAUCGACAGAACAUGGGUGGUGAAUGGACAAAGUCUAAAGUUGUACCAUGGUGGAACCAUUGAGAGAUUAAACACUGUUCUAUACUUUCAAGAAGCAUAA